AUGGGCAACGAGGCCAGCCUGGAGGGCGGCGGCGACGACGGGCAGCUGCCGCCCGCCGCCGCCGCCGCCGCCGCCGGGGCCCCGCCGCCGCCCGCCGCCGCCAAGCCGCCUUCAGCACCGGGCGGCGGCGGACAGCUCCCGGGCAGCGCGCCCGCGCCCGGGCCCAGCACGCCGAGGAGACCGGAGCAGCUGGAUCAGGCCGCGGGCCAGCGGUCAGCAUCACCCUCCCUCGCACAGACUGCACCCAGCUCCCAGAGCCCCCGGGAGAUGAGGGGCCGGGGCCAGCCCGGGCCACCGGCGGAGGGACCGCAGAGGAUGCUGCAGGUGGACGCCAGGAGCCAGGGCUCGGGGAGGUCUCCCUCGCCAUCACCAGACCGGGGCAGCACCCCUACCUCUCCCUACUCGCUCCCGCAGAUCGCCCCCCUCCCCAGCAGCACGCUCUGCCCCAUAUGCAAGACGACGGAGCUCACCUCCUCCCCCGGUCAGCCAAACUUCAAUGCCUGCACCCAGUGUCACAGCAAAGUCUGCAACCAGUGUGGCUUCAACCCCAACCCGCACCUCACCCAGGUGAAGGAAUGGUUGUGCUUGAACUGCCAGAUGCAGCGGGCGCUGGGGAUGGACAUGACCACUGCUCCUCGCUCCAAGAGCCAGCAGCAGCUGCACUCUCCUUCGCCGUCCCCCUCCCACUCCCCGGCCAAGCACCCACCGCCCCCGGGUGCAGAUAAGUCCCCACCGGCUGCCCGCACCCUGCCACCUGAGCCACCCAAACCUCACCCCACGACGCCGCAGAGGGAACCGCACGGCCAAGGCCAGCCAAAACCUCAGGAGGCGGCCAGGUCCUCCCCACAGCAUCAGCAAGCCAAGCCUUCCUCCUCCGAGCAGAGAAAGAUGACGGGAGACGCUGGGGUGAAGCCUGCUGCCCCGGCCACCGGGGCUGGAGCACAAGAGCAGCCCCAGGAGGGGCUCACAGGGAAGCUCUUUGGCUUUGGGGCAUCCCUCCUGACCCAGGCGAGCACGCUUAUGUCCGUCCAGCCAGAGGCCCCCCCUCCAAGCCAGCCGUCUCCUGGCAAAGUGCCUCCAAAGAUUGUCUUCAGCGAUGCCAGCAAAGAAGCUGGUCCCAAAGCCCCAGGGGCACAGGGCCGGGCUGGUGCUGCACCGGCUGUGAAGCCGGGCAAGCCGGAGCAGGGUGUCAAGCCAAAGGAAGUGCCGAAAGCAAGGGUCUCGUGCCCCCUCUGCAAGGCGGAGAUCAACGUGGGCUCCGGCGAGCCCCCCAACUACAACACCUGCACGACCUGCCGGCAGCAGGUCUGCAACAUGUGUGGCUUCAACCCCACGCCUCACCUGGUGGAGAAGAACGAAUGGCUGUGCUUGAACUGCCAAACUCAGCGGCUGCUCGAAGGCAGCCUCGGCGACCCUGCCCCGAUGCCGCUGCCUGCCCCAAAGCAACCGCCCACCGGCUCCCCGCGGCACCAGCCGCCAGCCGCCGGCCAGCAGCAGAGAGCACCCGCGCCAGCGCCCGCCGAGCCGGCGGCACCCCCCGAGCGGCAGCCCUCGCCCGCAAGGACCCUCCGGGCUGCCGAGCAGAGCAGGGCCCCGAGCCCUGCCCCGGCGGAGAAGAAGCCCCCGGUGCCGGCAGAGGAAAAGCCGCUGCCCAAAGCUGCCCCGGAGCCUUCCAGAGCUCCUGAGAGUGCCGCGCCGAAGGGGAAGAGCGUGACCCCCAAACCGGAGGUGGAGAGCAAGGAGAGCCGGGUACCCCCCGAGGCGCCACGGGCGAAGGAGCAGGAGGACGGGAGCAAGCCUUACCCCCCGGACCUGUCCCGCAGCCCGCAGAGCCUGAGCGACACCGGCUACUCUUCCGACGGCAUCUCCAGCUCGCAGAGCGAGAUCACCGUGGUGCAGCAGGAGGAGGAGAAGCUGAGCGGCACUGGGCUGGCCGGGCAGAGUCCCCCCAGCCCCUCCGAGCUCACCAAGCUGGAGAGCAGCAUGCGGCCCCUCCUGGAAGGCCGGGGCACCCCGCCGGAGCCUGCCGAGCGUGGCAAGGGCUGCCCAGAGCCGCGGGAGGAGCAGCGGCAGCGGCAGCGGCCACGGUACCUCUCCAUCACCCCCGAAGCUUUCGACUCGGACGAGGAGCUGGAGGACAUCCUGGAGGAGGAUGAGGACUCACUGGAGUGGGAGAACCAGCGGGAGCGGCGGGAGAGCGCGGAGUCCUCGGACGAGUUUGGCAGCAAGCUGCGGCAUGACUACGUGGAGGACAGCAGUGAGGGGGGCUUCUCCCCAGUGCCCCCCCGGCCCAAGGGCCGGGAGGCAGAGGUGAGCGAUGAGGAGUUCAUGCGGAGGCAGAUCCUGGAGAUGAGCGCGGAAGAGGACAAUCUUGAGGAGGAGGAGGAGGAGGAGGAUGGCUACGGGCGCACCAAGUACGGCGUCCCCAAAGCCGGGCAGAAGGCCGAGGCGGAGAAGGGCAAAGAGCCGGCGUCGGCCAAGCGGCGCCUGCCGCACGGCUCCGGCAGCCUGUACAAGGAGGAGAGGAAGGAGCUGGAGGCGGCGGAGGGCGACGACUUGAGCACGGCCCAGGGGGGGCUGCGGCGCUUCAAGACCAUCGAGCUGAACAGCACGACCGGCUACGGCCGGGAGAUGGAGAUGGGCCAGGAGGCAGAUGCCAGCCUGGACCGGGAGCCUGAGCUGGAGAUGGAGAGCCUGACGGGCUCCCCUGAGGAGCGCUCCCGGGGCGAGUACUCCUCCACCCUACCGGCCACGACGCCCAGCUACACCUCGGGCACCUCGCCCACCUCCAUCUCCUCCCUGGAGGAGGACAGCGACAGCAGCCCCAGCCGCCGGCAGCGGCUGGAGGAGGUGAAGCAGCAGAGGAAGGCUCGCCACCGCUCGCACGGCCCCUUGCUGCCCACCAUCGAGGACUCGUCUGAGGAGGAGGAGCUGCGGGAGGAAGAGGAGCUGCUGCGGGAGCAAGAGAAGAUGCGGGAGGUGGAGCAGCAGCGCAUCCGGAGCACGGCACGCAAGACCAAGCGCGACAAGGAGGAGCUGAGGGCCCAGCGGAGGAGGGAGCGCUCCAAAACCCCCCCCAGCAACCUUUCCCCCAUCGAGGACGCCUCCCCAACUGAGGAGCUGCGGCAGGCAGCAGAGAUGGAGGAGCUGCACCGCUCCUCCUGCUCCGAGUACUCGCCCUCCAUCGACUCGGAGGCCGAGAGCUUCGACGCCGUGGCCUCCAAGCUGUACAAGUCGGGCAGCGAGUACAACCUGCCCACCUUCAUGUCACUGUACUCCCCGACAGAGAAGGGGGAGAGCGGCCCCAGCCAGCCUGCCAGCAAGCCCCUCAAGAGUGCUGAGGAAGCCUAUGAGGAGAUGAUGAGGAAGGCAGAGAUGAUGCAGAAGCAGCAGGUCCAGCAGGCCCAGCCGGCCGUUUCGUACGGCGGCGCCUACCAGCAGGUCGGCUACCGCGGCACCGAGGGCCAGAAUGGCUUCGAGUACCAGUAUGCCGAGGAGUACCAGUACGAUGGUGGCCCUUCGCACCCCUCCCAGCCCGGCUAUCCAAGCGCCCUGCCGAAGGCAGGAGCGGUGUACGAGGAGAUCCUGCAGACCUCGCAGAGCAUCUCCAGGAUGCACGAGUCCUCCUCCUUUGACCUGGCCCUUGAGCAGGGAGAGAAGGCGAAGGGGCAGGAGGAGGCGUACCAGGAGAAGCGCUUCCUCAAUGCCGAGAGCGCCUAUGCUGACCUGAUGAAGCAGAACGGCGGUCCGCUCACCCCCGGCACCAGCCCCACACAGCUCUCCGCUCCCGUCUCCUUUGCUGCCUCCGACAGCAGUGCGGGCAAGGCCAUUCCUGACGUCCGGGUCACCCAGCAUUUUGCAAAAGAGGGGCAAGACCUAGCCAAGCUUCAGAGCGCGCCGGCAGCGCCCGGCCCAGCGUCCAAGGCUGCUGCCACUCCUUACACCUACAGCAAAGGUGCCAGCACAGUGACAACAGCGGUGGGCAGCCCUGGGAGUGCGCUGCGGAGCUACAGCUCCCCAGCUCCAGAGGCCCCAUCCAUAGCCGGCAGAAGCUACAGUCCGGUGAAGAGCACCAUCAGCUACGGCUCGCAGACAGAGGACGCCGGCAGAAGCAAGGCGGCCGUUGAGAUCAGUGUGCAGACGGCCAGGGAGAAGCUCCCAGCCGCGAGCGACAGCAAGCCCCCGCCGCCCAAGACGUACCCCUUCUUCAAGAGCUCCAGCCCUCCGCUCUCGCCCACCUCCCCCACGCAGAGUCCCACCCGCACCGCAAAGGCCACGGCAGAGUUUUCCACGCAGACGCAGAGCCCCGUCCUCCCCUACGAGGGUCCCACUGCCGCCGCUGCCGGCCCUGCCGCCUCUUCCCCCAUGGUGGCGCAGGGGACGCAGACGCCACACCGGGCGGGCUCGCCACGCCUGACCCGGCAGCCCUCCUCGCAGGAUGCCCCCUUCAUGCUGAUCACGCUGGCGGCUGACGCGGCCAGCCAAACCAAGCCGGUCAGCUCCGGCUCCUCGACGUCCCCCACCUCGUCCCCCACCAGGCCGAGCCGGCAGCUGCCAGCACACGGCUACGGCCAGGUGCCGGAGCCAGAGCAGCCGCCAGGCGCCUACGUCAGGGCACAGCCGGUGAAGGAGCACACCCAGAAGGCACCCGCCGUGACUUCAGCCGCCGACGGCAUCGCGGGGCUGUAUGGCUGGGGAGCGCUCCCUGCGGAAAACAUCUCCCUCUGCCGCAUCUCCUCCGUCCCCGGCACGUCCCGGGUCGAGCCAGGGCCCAAGGUGCCGAGCACUAACGCCAUGGACUUACGGACCGCCCUGAAGUCCACCCCCAUCAUCAUAACGGACCAAGGCAUGGAUCUCACCUCCUUGGCCACCGAGGCCAGGAAGUACUGCCUGACCUUGGACCACAUCCCGAGCCGGCAGUCCACGGCCAUCCAGCCCUUGAUCAUCAACCUCAACGCCCAGGAGCAGCCCCACGCCAUCAUCGCGGCAGCCAGCACUGCCGGCCUGGCCAUCGCCUCCCCCAUGCUCCUUUCGCAGCCCAAGCAGCCCGUGGUCUACGGAGACCCUUUCCAGAGCCGGGUGGACUUUGGGCAGGGGACCGGGAGCCCAGUGUGCUUGGCGCAGGUGAAGCAGGUGGAGCAGGGCAUCCAGACAGCUGCUGUCAGAGCCAGCGGGGCAGCCGGCGGCAAGCCCGAGCCCGCCGCUGCCCCCCAGACCAAGUUUGCAAGGUAUGGCGUGUCGGGCCAGAUGGUGAAGAAGGACGUGCUCAUCACACAGACUGGUGGGGCGCAGACUGGCGGCGGCCUCCCGCAGCCCUUCCCACCGGAGCCGGGCUCGGAGCUGUACCGGGCAGUGCCAGUGGAGCUGAAGAGCCAGAGCCCUCUCCUCGCCCUGGGUGGCAAGAAGUCCCAGGUGAUGAUGGUGCAGAUGGAGGAGGCGGUGGCCGGCCCGGUGACCAAAGUGCUGAAGGAGGAGCCGCCGGCCAACGUGCUGGACCUCACAGGCAUGAAGCCGGAGAGCCAGGUAGCCUGCUGCGACGUGGUCUACAAGUUCCCCUUUGGCGGCAGCUGCACCGGCGCUUUCAACCCCACCUCCAAGAUGCCGGAGAAGAAAGCCGGGGAGGCGGCGGUGCCCGGCCGGAAAGCCAGCGGGCCCCUCUACGGCAGCAGAGAGCCAGAGCUGCCGGAGACCUUCCCCUACCGGGAGCAGCCGGCCCCGGCGCCCGCGCUCUAUGAGGAGCAGAAGUUUUACCCCGCUGGUGCCUUCGGCCGCCUCUACUCCUCCAUGUCAGACACGAACCUCUCUGAAAUCGGGAUGAGCUACUACCCCACAAAGGGCGAUCAGCCCUUCCCCUCCCCGGUGGGUGAUGCCGCCGUGGACCUCAGCACCAUGAAGCACUCCUACAGCGUGGGCUUUGCCGAGGGGGGUUACCUGGGCCAGGGGCUGCAGUACGGCUCCUUCUCCGACCUCCGCCAGCCAGCAGAGCUGCUGGGCCACCCGCUCCCCAUGCGGAGGUACAGCUCGGCCUCCAACAUCUACUCCGACUACCGCUUCUCGCCCCGGGGGGACCUGGCCAGCUUCCAGGAGUCCAGCCUGGCCCACUACAGCGCCACCACGGCACGCGAGAUCAGCCGCAUGUGCGCCGCCCUCAACUCCAUGGACCAGUAUGGGGGCCGGCACGCCAACGGCCCCGACCUGCUGCCCUACGGCCCCGGCGCCGGGCCGGGGGGCGCGGGGGGGCUGGCGGCUCAGCAGCAGGGUGCCGCGCCCCCCAAACCUGGCGGGAUGUACAACCCCACCUUCCCCGAGGCGCGGCAGGGCUUCGGCAGCCUGGCGCAGUACAAUAUCCCCGGUGUCCGCCUGGGCACCGUCCGGCAGAUGUUCCCUUCCACCGCCACCGUGCGGGCCGCCGAUGGCAUGAUCUACUCCACCAUCAACACACCCAUCGCCUCCACGCUGCCCAUCACCACCCAGCCGGCCUCAGUGCUGCGGCCCAUGCUGCGCGGGCUGUACAGACCCUACGGCCCAGGCGGUGUGGCGGCGGUCCCGCUGGCCAGCCUGGCCAGGCUGCCGGUCGUCACCCCCCGUGUCCCGCUGGCAGCACAGGGCCUCUACCGCUACCCAGCCCCCAGCCGGCCGGCCCCGGCAGCCUCGCUGAUGGAGACACCCGUCUACCUGGGCAAGCCCGUCAGCACAGCGCCGGUGGUGGCAGGUGCUGGUCCCUCUCCCAAAGCCCCCACCGCCCCCACCGGCGGCUUGCAGAGAGCGGAGCCGGCGGGGGCUGCUCCCCGUGCUGAGGGGCCGGCAGCACCAGCGGCUGGCAAGGAGGGUGGGCAGGCGGCCACGGUGCCCAAGCCACCGCUGGAUGGGGCUCAGCGGGAGGAGCGGGAGCGGGAGGAGGAACGGCAGCGCAAGCAGCAGGAGCACGUGCUGCAGCUGGAGCGGGAGCGUGUGGAGCUGGAGAAGCUGCGGCAGCUGCGGCUGCAGGAGGAGCUGGAGCGGGAGCGCGCGGAGCUGCAGCGGCACCGGGAGAAGGAGCAGCUGCUGGUGCAGCGGGAGCUGCAGGAGCUGCAGUGCAUCAAGCAGCAGGUGCUGCAGCAGCAGCAGGAGGAGCGGCACGCGCAGCUGGCGCUGCAGCGGGAGCAGCUCGCCCAGCAGCGCCUCCAGCUCGAGCACAUCCACCAGCUCCAGCACCAGCUGCAGCAGCAGCUGGAGGAACAGAAGCGGCAGAAGAGUGCCUUCCCUGUGCCCACUGAGCCCGCCGCCCGCCUGCCUGAGGGGCCCGCUGACGCACCACGGGGCCUGCCACACAACGGGCAGGCAUGGCCCCCACCGAGCCAGGCACCACCGGAGGGGCCCACUGGCCCCCGCUACCCCGUGCCGCAGCGGCCGCUCAGCAGCUCGGCCUCGGACAUGUCGCUGCAAGCCGAGGAGCCCUGGGAGCCUGGCCGAGGCAUCAAGAAGAGGAACUCGAUGCCGCGGCUGCGGGACGCCUACGAGAAGGAGGUGGCGCGGGAGGCCUUCACGGCGAGGAAGAUGGCAGACAGCAGCGUGCAGACGGACGAGGAGGACGGCGAGGAGCGGUACCUGCUGUCACGGCGGCGGCGGGCACGGCGCAGCGCCGACUGCAGCGUGCAGACGGAUGAGGAGGACAGUGGGGAGUGGGAGCAGCCCGUGCGCCGCCGGCGCUCCCGGCCCUCCCGGCAUGCCGAGGCCAGCGCUGAGGGCAAGCCGGAGGGAACAGCCCGCGGCACAGCCAGCGUGGGCAUCCAGACCAUCAGCGACUGCUCGGUGCAGACGGAGCCUGACCAGCUCCUCCGCGUCUCCCCCUCCAUUCACAUCACCACCCAUGAUCCCCGGGUGGAGAUCGUGAAGUACAUCUCGGCCCCGGAGAAGACGCAGCGGGGCGAGAGCCUGGCCUGCCAGACGGAGCCAGAGCCAGCCCCCCAGCCUGGCAUUGUGGUCCCCCAGCUGACAGUGCCCACCACCAUCCCACCCUACUCCACCAACAUCCAGAUGGUGAGCACGGGCCCCCUGGACCCCCACGCCGUCCGGCAGCAGACCCUGGGCAAGUUCGAGAAGAAGAAGCCGGAUCCCCUGGAAAUCGGCUACCAGUCCCAUCUGCCGGCCGAGUCCCUCUCCCAGCUGGUGACCCGCCAGCCGCCCCGCUCUCCCCAGGUCCUCUACUCGCCCGUCUCCCCCUUGUCCCCCCACCGCCUCCUGGAGUCCUCCUUCGCCACCAGCGAGCGGCUGAACAAGGCUCACGUCCCUCCGCAGAAGCACUUCACCGACUCGGCCCAGCGCCAGCAGACGCUGCCGCGCCCCAUCAAGACCAUGCAGCGCUCCCUCUCUGACCCCAAGCCCAUCAGCCCCACUGCCGAGGAGGCUGGCAAGGACAGGUUCUCUCUCUACCAGCACCCGCUGCUCCCCGGCACCCAGGUGGGGGGGCUGCAGUCAAGCCCACUGGCGCGCAAGGUGAAGCGGACGCUGCCCAGCCCGCCGCCUGAGGAGCCCCAUGUCCCCCUGGCCAGCCCGGCCGCCCCCCAGCUCUACCUGAGCAGCCUGGCCCCCAAGGCCACCGCGCCGGUCACCAAGGCCAGCCUGCUGAAGGAACUAGACCGUGACCUGAGGCUGGUAGAGCACGAGGCCACCAAGCUGCGGAAGAAGCAGGCGGAGCUGGACGAAGAGGAGAAGGAGAUAGACGCCAAGCUGAAGUACCUGGAGCUGGGCAUCACCCAGCGCAAGGAGUCGCUGCUGAAAGAGCGGGGGGGUGGGCGGGACCACCCCUACCUGCGCUGCCCCGGGGACCGCCGUGACUACCUGUCCGACAGCGAGCUGCACAGCCUACACCUCGCCGCUUAUGAUGGCGCCGGCCUGCGCCCCGCGCCCACCGGGCAGUACCCCGACUUUGCCGCCACUGCGGCUUCCUACGGCGCCUACCCAUACCCCGCCCCGCAGGGUCCCGCCGCCUUCCCGCCGGCACGCCUGCAGCCCCCCCAGUACCCCACAGCCAGCACCUCGCAGGAUGGCUUGCCGGCGGCCCCACUGCCUGCCUUCGCCUCGCCCGGCGCCUUCCCGGCCCCUGGCGCCGCAUACCCAGACCUGGACACCCCAGGCCAGCCGGGCUUCCGGCCCCAAAACCCCUACCAAGCCCCGAGCGCCUUCGCCGGGGUGGCCACCGUGCCAGCGGCACAGCCCGCCCUCUUCCAGAGCCCGGCGGACAUAGCCGGUGGGCACCAGAAGCCACGACAGACCUCACUGGCCGACCUGGAGCAGAAGAUCCCCACCAACUACGAGGUCAUUGGUGCAGCCACCAGCUCCUCCGCCGUUCCCGACGUCACCUUCAGCACCACACCGGCAAGCGGCGGCUACGAGCAGUACAAGGCGCCUGAGGCCCGGCCGGCUGAGAGAGCCAGCGUGGCGCAGGGCCCCUCGGCCAGCUUCUCUUCCGAGUCCCUCUACACCAGCCUGGAGCAGAACAUCCCCCGUAACUACGUGAUGAUUGAGGACAUCAGCGAGCUCACCAAGGAGAGCCCGGUGGUGGAGGGGCAGAAAGCGGAGCCGGCAGGCACGGGUGCCGACAGCCGCCAUGGCAGAGAGAAGAGCGAGCUGGGGGACACUGAGGGCUCCAGUCGGCCCUGCUGCUACACCAAACCCGAGGAGGAGUCUGAGGAGGACGUCUAUGACCAUCAUGGCCCUGACCAUCGAGGGAAGAACAGCUACCACCGGGGUGCGGAGAGCAAUGGCAGGGUGUUGGGGAGCUCUACCGGCUCGUCCUACUACUACGGGGACAGCGAGUACCGGCACUCCUUGCGGGCAGACAAGCACAGCUCCGGCGCAGCACUACCGAAGCAUUCAUCCAAGAACCUGGCACCCGCCGUCAUCUCCUCGAAGCGCAGCAAGCACAGGAAACAGGGCAUGGAGCAGAAGAUCUCCAAGUUCUCCCCCAUCGAAGAAGCCAAAGACGUGGAGUCAGACCUGGCCUCCUAUGCAGCGACAACCUCGGUUGGCAGCAGCAACGUGGCCUCCAGGGCCAAGAAGCUGCAGGAGGAGAUCACCUACGGCCUGAAGAAGAACGUCUAUGAGCAGCAGAAGUACUACGGCGUCUCCAGCCGAGAUCUGGUGGAUGAGGAGGAUCGAGUCUACUCCGCCGGCAGUAGAACCCGGUCCUCUGGCUACGGUGUGGAAAAGUCCUCCAGCCGGGAGGCGGGUGGCCGGAGCAAGUCCUACGAGCGGGAGGGUGCGGAGCGCUCCCAGAAAGGCGCCUCCAAGCCCUCAUCCCUCAGCAUGAGCCAGAGCCGCGGGCGAGCGCCCAUCCGCACGCAGCCCUCGGAGGAGGAGAGCCCCGUCAGCCCCCUGGGGAAGGGUGGGGGGUCGCGCGCUGCGGGGGGGCCCGGCCCCCAGUCGGCGGGGGACCCCUGCUCCCAGUUCUGCUCCAGCCACUCGUUGCCUGAUGUGCAGAAGCACAUCAAAGACGUGCCAAGGAGUCACUCGUACAAGCACGAGGAGGGCUACGGCAUGGACGAUGCCCAUUGCGUUGUCUCGGACAGCGAAGCCUAUCAUUUGGGUCAGGAGGAGACAGACUGGUUUGAUAAGCCCAGGGAGGCGCGGGCGGAGAGGGUCAGGCACUACGGUGGCCACUCUUCCUCACAGAAGAGACCCCCAGUUAAGCACACCUACCACGACUACGACGAGCCCCCCGACGAGGACCCAUGGCAGCAUGACGACUACCCCCAGCACCGUGAGCACCGGCACCAUGGGGAGUACAGUCGCCACGCUGGCACCUCCCGGCACACUGGCGACGAGCCCCCACGCCGCUCAGCCAAGCAGCACCCGCGAGAGCCCAGCCGCCAUGAGCCCCGCGGCCAUGGGCCACCGGCCGCCCCCAAGAAGGCCCAGCAGCCUGAGCCUCGCGCACCCGCACCCUACGGCCCCGGCUCUGCCGAGUACGCCCCGCCAUCCCGCCCUGCUGCUGCUCACCACGGCGCUGAGACCCCCAAGGCACAGAAGCCUCCCCAGCCACACGGGUCGGCCACCCCAGCACCGAAGCCGGAACCCCUCGCACACCCGCAGCAGCCGGCAGCCAGGCAGCAGCAGGCAGGGCAGCAGGCGGCGCGGCAGCAGCCGGCGGCACGGCAGGCUGCCCAGCCGGCAGGCUCGGCGCAGCCCGAGGCCAGGGGCAGGACACAGGGACCCCCGUCGUCCCGGCCACCACAGCAGCAGCCGGGGCCAGCCCAGGCAGCAGGGAAGGCGCCAGCCACACUCCACGCACAGCCGGGUGGGCACCCAGCGCCGGUGCCGAAAGCAGAGCAGACGGAUGCAUCCAAACCCGCAGCGAAAGUGCCACAGCAGCCGGGGAGAGUGCCCACGGCGCAGCCCCUGGGAGCAGCAGCAGACAGCAAGGCUGGUCCGAGGGUGGCUGGGCCGCGUGGUCCCACCAGCACGGCCACGGGGCAGCCCGGGGAAGGAGAGAGCGUUUUCUCCAAAAUCCUGCCGGGGGGGGCAGCGGAACAAGCUGGCAAACUGACUGAAGCGGUGUCGGCUUUCGGCAAGAAGUUCACUUCGUUCUGGUGA